AUGCUGGUACAGUACGGUGCGACCGGAUCACGGAACGGUGGCAACGGUGGUGCGAUGAACGAGUACCACCACGGUUACCAUCCGUCGCACGGUUACGCACCGCAACCGUACGAACCGCCGACCCACGUCACCGGCACCGGUAAUAAUCUGCUCGAGGCGGCCCUCGGCCGCCCGGGCCCGGCCGGCACAGGUAGCACAAAUCACCACAACCCUUCUAAUGCUAGCACGUACAAAAUGUCUCGUAACGUUUCCAACUCGCACCCGGCCCUGGAACGGUCCGACGUACACGUGGAAUACGAAGUUGCCGUCCCGAUACACAGCAUCGAGUCGAUCCGCCACACACCGUACCAUUCGCUAUGGAAUCUGCACGAGUGUUCCGCACCAUCAACGUCCGGCUUCCAACAUAUGGCCCGCAUGAUGGACACAUUGAUCCUGGAUAAUUUGGCACCGUUUGCCUUUACGAAAAUCACGACCACACAUCGCCCGACACGGAUCAGUGGGGGCGGUGGUGGCGGUAGCGGCAGUGGUGGCAGUGGCUCCGGCAGCAAUGGUGUCCCCGGCGGUGGAGGUGGUGCGGGCGGUCUCAUCGACGCACGGUCCGGGCCGCUGGGGGGCAUGGGACAGGAAGGUAUGCUGCGCAACGGACCAGGCGGCCACGGUGGCGGCGGCAGUGGUGGCAGUAUGGGCGUGAAGAAGGCAACCAGCACGAGCAACGUGAGCAAUCUGAUCGGUGCCGGAACGGUCAGCACGUCCACGAUUCGGGUGAACCUGCAGAAGAACAAAAUACCGACACAAGGUCAGUGCGGUCCGCUACCUGGUGAGGUCCAUCCGAAUCCACGCCAUGCCAAUCUGGCCUCGAACGCGUCGUCACCUCCGACCGCGACAGAUUCCCGCUGGAUCUCGUCGCUUCGCCGGCGCGAUCCGGAACUCCAACCGACACUGCCCUCGAUCAAUCACUCCAAUCACCACAGUACCUCAUCGCUGACGCAGCAACACAGCAUCGGUUACACCAGCUCCUCCAACACGCCGAACACGGACCGGCGCAGCAGUCGCACCAGCGGCCAGAAGUCAUCCCUGCGCAAAAGCCGGUCGGUCGAACGUAUCCGGGCGCGGAAGUUGGCCACCUCCAAGAUCAAGGAGCGUCCGAAGAAAUCGUCCUCCGAGGAAGGUGGCGGUUCGGACGAUCAGGAAGUGACCUCGGUGGAGGAGAACUCUCCCCAGCAGCAACACUCGCCGGUCAAGCGCAUCGACAAGACGAAGCUGUUCAACCCGAUCGGCUACGAACCGCACCUGAUCGACACGCUCGAGAAGGACAUGCUGCAGAAGAACCCGAACGUACAGUGGAACGAUGUGGCCGGGCUGAACGAAGCGAAAGCGAUCCUGCAGGAAGCGGUCGUGCUGCCGGUUAUACUGCCGGACUUCUUCCGUGGGAUUCGCCGACCGUGGAAGGGUGUGCUGAUGGUUGGACCGCCCGGCACGGGGAAAACUAUGCUCGCGAAAGCGGUCGCAACCGAGUGCGGGACGACGUUUUUCAACGUGUCGUCCAGCACGCUAACGUCCAAGUAUCGGGGCGAAAGCGAGAAGCUGGUCCGGUUGCUGUUCGAGAUGGCGCGCUUCUACGCACCCAGCACGAUCUUCAUCGACGAGAUCGACUCCCUGUGCGCCUGUCGGGGCAGUGACUCGGAGCAUGAGGCGAGCAGGCGCUUUAAGGCGGAACUGCUGAUACAGAUGGAUGGGUUGAAUGCGGCCAAUGAUGAUAAGGUUAUCAUGGUGCUGGCCGCAACGAAUCAUCCCUGGGACAUCGAUGAAGCCUUUCGGCGCCGGUUCGAGAAGCGCGUCUACAUUGGUCUUCCGAACGAUAACACACGCAAGGCACUGUUAGAGCUCUGCCUGAAGGGAGUGAACAUAUCACCGGAUCUGAACACGGACACGAUCACGGAACAGCUAAGCGGCUACACCGGUUCCGAUAUCGCUAAUGUGUGUCGCGAUGCCGCAAUGAUGGCCAUGAGACGGCACAUCAACGGGUUGAGUCCGUCAGAGAUCAAGAUGAUACGCCGGGAGGAGGUCGAUCUACCGGUAACGGCACAGGACUUCCAGGACGCGAUGGUAAAAACACGCAAAUCCGUCUCGGCAAACGACGUUGCCCGGUACGAAACCUGGAUGGAUGAGUACGGAUCGUGCUAG